AUGAAGAAAAUGCAAGAUGAGAUUAGGGAGAAGUUGAUUCAAGAAGCAGCUAAGGGUACUGCACCUGAUACUAUACAAGUGCCAUUGGAUGCUGAGUUAGGAAUCAUGGGUGAGAAGAUCGGGAGGAGGGGAAGAUCAAUCCAUGGUGUAGGUGUUUUUCUUAGCAUGGAGACCUCAAGAUCAUCCACUUCUUCUUCAACUGCUUCAAGUUCUAAGUAG